CUCUCGCGAGACUGGGGCCGGCCGCGCUAGGGACCCCGCUGGAGAAAUCUGCGCCCAGAGGGUGCGGGGCCGCCCUGGCCGUCCCGCCCGUGGGCCCGGCGCCCUCCUUGAAGCCCAGCCAUUCCGCUAGACCCGAACUAGGACUGGUAGGAGGGGUGAUCGGCCCAACCUCAGGCCCCAGCCGCGGGCCGGGAAGGCUUCCCCAGAGAGGAGGGGCAAGCCCCUCGACGUCAGGAUGUCGUCUAUGUAGAGGGGAAUCUGCCUCCUCUCGAAGGGGAAUUCCUUCAGCAAGUCAAGCCCGACUGAUUCGGGGCUGACUCAGGGCAGAGGCCCAGAGAGGACCUGGAUAGGUUGCGAGAAGUCGAGAUCAGAGGGGGCGGAAGGCAGUGAGAAAAGGGAGACGAGCAUCGGGGGGUGAGAGACAAACUCAGGUCUGGCUCUUGGCUCUUGACGCCACUGAAUUCGCGUCCCACGGCGGGAAGAGGAGAAAAGGGCCCUGACACCGCGGCUCGCCAGGGGCCCGCUGCGUAGCUGCAUCCCGAUCCCGCUGAAGGGACCGCAAAUAGUGAAGUGCUGACAGCUUGUGGUUGUCGUUACGCUGGAAGGAAAUAGAAAACCGGACAGCGGUGUGUGUGUGCGUCUUGGCCAAAGGAACUUCUUGGGCUGGGUUAAUGUGAGCAGGUACUCUCUUGGGCGAAGUACUGGCACUGGCCGACGGCCUUUCCCUCUGGCCGUCUCCGAGGAAGCAGAGCUGAUGUGAAGACAGUUCCUCUCGCCACCGUGCGUUGAGUUCUGACCUCGAAGGUUUUGGAGGUCUGUCGUGAAGAUACUUAGCCUAUAAAAGUCCUGGUGAUCUGAAGGACAGAUGAAUUUACUGCUCUAUUUCCUGGUAGAAUAGGCUGGAGCUGUGAUACCUUUAAACAAAGUAUUUUGGGUCGGGCAUGGUGGCUCACGCCUGUAAUCCCAGAACUUUGGGAGGCCGAGUGGUCACACCCUUUCCAGAAAUUCUUGGCUGGUAACCGCGAAACCGACUGGAGCAGGAGCUGGGAGAACUGGAGAAAACGGCUCUCAUCUCACUUGACUCCAGCUAGGAGCUGAUGCUGCAUCGUAAUAACAUUUGCAGAGCGCUCUCACAGGCUGUGGAGUGAUUUGUCUGAGAUUCCUCCAGAACUGAGCCCUUUGUUGGAACCAUACCCCAGCCCAUGGUCCCAUGACUAGGUGGAUAGUACUGCUUGUACCUCCUGCAACCCAGAACCCUGGCUGACGACUUUGAAGGAGGAUGCUCCAGCAGGUCAAUGGCCACAAUCUGGGGUCUGAUGGCCAAGCCAGGGAGUACCUCAGAGAAGACCUGCAGGAGUUCCUGGGUGGGGAGGUCCUGCUGUACAAGCUGGAUGACCUCACUAGGGUGAAUCCUGUGACACUAGAGACAGUCCUGAGGUGCCUGCAGGCCCGGUACAUGGCAGACACAUUCUACACUAAUGCUGGCUGCACCCUGGUAGCCUUGAACCCCUUCAAGCCUGUUCCUCAGCUCUACUCGCCCGAGCUAAUGAGAGAGUACCAUGCUGCGCCUCAGCCCCAGAAACUGAAGCCCCAUGUGUUCACUGUGGGUGAACAGACCUACAGGAAUGUCAAGAGCCUGAUUGAACCAGUCAACCAGUCUAUUGUUGUCAGUGGAGAGAGUGGUGCUGGAAAGGCUGGUGAGGCCGGAAGACUUUGGGGUGACAUCAUUGUGCAUUUUGUUGGUGUAAGAGAAGGUAAUAUUUGUGAGUGUUGGUGUUUCAGCAUGAAACUGAGAAAGGGAAGCUCAGUGAAGAGGAGAACAAUGGUAGAGUGGACAUAUUAUUAUUUGGAGUUGGACCAGCCUGAAAUGAGUAAAGAUUUCUGGGCCGCCAAUGACUGUCCAUUGCACAGAUCCAAGCAUACCAGUCAGAAAGCCACUUCCCAGGGAGCAUCAUGUAGCUUUUAGACUCCAGGGACACCACAAGCCACUAUCAGGUGAGAGGUUCAAUUGUUACAACCCAGCAUAGAGGCCCCCUCUUUAUUUCUCAAAGUUUUGGGAGACCCCAAGACCUAUAGCCUUUAUUUUAGGGACUGUUUAAUCGGCUUGGCAGAGAAAGACACUAUGUAAUUGACCCAGGUCUUUUGAGCUCUUAGCAUUAACCAAGAUCCUGUAACAUAGGCAGAUCUAGCCCUUUUGUUUCUAUUUCUAUAUUUAAUAUCAAUUUAUAUUAAAGUUUUGCAAAAAUUUAGCUUUUGGCUAAAGUCAGCUUUUGGCCACAACUGCUGGUCAGCAGGGAAACAGAAGGAGAAGGGGAAUUUUCACACUUAGCAAGCAACUCAUUGUGCCAGUUGCACAAAAGCAGGGUUAUAGUGAGAUAUCCAAUUCCCAUUAGAGAAAUCAGGGAGCUGGAACUCAGAGAACGUAAGUGAUUUGCUCACAGUCAAGGCUUGUGAGUGGCGGUGCUAGGAUUGGAGCCAGGCUAACUUGGCCCUGAGGACCAUAUGGAAUAGAAACCUUCUCUAUGAUGCCCCAACAGACACACAUACCCAUGGCGUUUCAGGUCCACUCUCAGGUUGCUUCUGCUGGGGCCUUAUGUGCCUGAGGGCAGAAACUCAUAAUCAUUUGAGGACCCAUGUGGUGUUGCAGUCCAGCAUGACCAUUUCAAAGUCUAACCACUCCUGCAUCUGCAAAAUGGCAUUUUCCCUGCUGGGUGUCUAUGGUAGGGUAGCAUCCUACCCUGUAUGGUUCCUAGCUGGGGCCCCUGUCACCAGGGAAAUGGUGCUGGUUCUCACCCAGAAACAGAUAAAGAGGAAGUGUCUCUGCUGAAUAAGAACAGGUAUGCAUGCCUAUCCCAACUCCCCACUCCCUGGAUGAAGUGGGGCCUCCUGGCAUCGUUGAUGUUUGUGACGCUAUCCCAGGUUGCACUGGCAGCAGCCAACACCAGGGUUUUCCAGUGGCUGAAGUCCAACACGUGGUUAAUGUCAUUGCCUUUUCCUCCCUUCCUCGGGAUCAGAGGAAUAAACGUCUCUUACUUAGAACUGUUCCACACAGACUUAGAGUGGCAGAGGAGUACCUUAACCUAUCAAAAGCUAUUUUGAGCAAAAGCCACUUUGUGUCAUUGAAGCUAUAUAACUGAGCCACAUGAGGGAACUGUUAAAGUCCCAGGGUCAAGGACCAGGUACCCAUGUUAUCCCGACAGCGCAGAAGCACAGCCUGAGUCUCUUCUUUGGCUGAGCCAAGGGCGUGCUGGAGAGGCCUGAGAGAAGAAUGAGCAGCCCUUGUGACCAGUGCCCUUUUGGUUCACAAGGAAUGUCUCCUCUUGUUUAAGUGACUUGGCUGAGCUCGCUACUUCUGCUUUGAGAGUCCAAUAUCAGGAUCAAGACUUUAAUUAUCCCCAAUUUACAGAUGAUGAAACCAUAUUGGGCAGGAAAGAAAGUCACCCCAGGAGAGCGAGUUGGACCUGGGCACUGGCUGAGGACAAAGUGGAAUGAUAAUUUGGGAUGUAGCUUGUUAAGGGGCCUCACAAGUGUUCUUGUGAUCCAGGUGUCAAUAAAGCAGAAAAGUUGCCAGGGAGAUGAGGGUAGGGUGCACUGCGAGAGUGGGAGAAAUUAAAGAGAACAUGCAACAAAGCCUGGAACACCGGGAGGUGGAUGGAGCACCCUGUUUUGUGCUACGGGAGAAGAGAGCAAGAAAAGGAAUCUGUGUUAAAUCCCGACAGCCUGCAGGAGAAGCAAAUGCCCUUCAUUUUGUUCAUCAGCAGCAAGACUGGCAUCCCUGUAGCUUUGAGAAACCAUGCUAGUGUGGAUGCCAGCUCACUCCAGUGGGCCUGACUGGGAGACCUUGGGCUGGGGUUCUGGUCUGGGGCUCCUAGGCCUGAUGGGAGGAGAGUUCAGCCCAGGUUUCCUGUACUUCAGCUCGUAUGCAGACGAUGGUCAUUGUUGAAAUGAGAGACUCAAAGGAAGCUGGAACCUGAACUUUUUUGUUGUCUCACAUGGACACCUGUGUUCAGUUUCGGGUUCUACCUCUUGCUGACUGUGUGUUCUUAGGUGACUCACUUAAACCUUUCUGAGUCUCAUUUUCUUCAUUUAUAAAAUAAAAGACAUAACAUUUAUGUCA